AUGGCUGACGUUCAAUCGAAAUCCGGCAUCCGUAGCCUGCAGGAGGAGUUGAACGAAUUCAUCGCUCCCUUCGACUUUCCGGAGAUCCAAAUUCGCCGUCGCAUCAAGAUUUUGGUUCGCGAUUACGGCGAUUUGCAGGGUGUUCUGACUGAUAGGUCUAGUGAAGAUAUCGCCUGCUACGCAAUCGACAUGGUCCUCCAUACCUUACUCGAGGAAUACACUGAAGUCGAGCCAUACACGGGCAAAAACACCACCGAGGAUAUCGAACUGGAGAAAGCGCUCCUGAUAGGAACCAUAAGAUGGGCAAUUGAGCAAGAAAAGCUCGAAGGCAUGAGGCCAGCUGUCAAGUCGCACUUCCAGACGCAACUUGCAUCUCUCAAGGGAGCGCUUGAGCCGGUUCAGACCCUCUCGACCUCGGAAAAAGAGCCGAUGUCGAAUUCUGACACCAAAGUGGCCUCGAAGCCCGCGUCUUCUUCUAUACUUCAGAAGCGGGAGCUUUCAGAGUACAAGGAGAAUCUGAACGAGACAGAUGCUGCCGACGCCGAACAGGAUGAGCUUGAUCGAAAGGGAAGACCUAUGGAAGAGCCCAGCGAGGCCGAGACUUCGUUUCUCCAUGAUGAGACGAGGAACUGUUCCAGUCCCAAGAGCGUGGAGGAAUGA